AUCCACUAUGGGGUAACCUCAGUAUUCUGAACCGUAGGAUAUUUAGAAAAUCUUACAAAUAAAUAAAUCCCAAAUUGCAGAAACUCUAAUCAGACUUCGAAAUCUCCUGAAAUUGGGAGAGCGAGGAAGCACAGAUCGCAAGGGAAGUGAUUUUUUUCAACAUGGAUGUUGAUGAUGAUUGGAGAACUCACUUAAGUGCUAGCUCUAGAGAGAGGAUUUUAGGAAAAAUACUUGAAACUCUUAAGAGGGUUGCUCCUCAUCGCCCUGAGGAAUUUCAUGCAGUAGAGUCGAUUGCUAGACGAUUCGAGGGUAAUGUGUACAACUCUGCCACAAGUCAGUCAGAUUACCUACGGAGAAUAAGCUUGAAGAUGCUGACUGCAAGCUCUCGAAGCUUCCGAGUUAACUCUUCCACUGCUACUACUACUACCGCUGCUUCUGCUUCUACAUCCGCCACUACAGUAGCAACGGCUGCCACUGCUGCCGCUGCUACUAAUACUACUACUACUGAUUCAAAUGAAAGUCGCGUCACUAGAUCAGAUGCAGGACGCCUCCCAUUUCUUUUCUAUGUUCCGGGACAGUUUACUGAAACGCCAACAAGUAAAAAAAGAAAGGCCGGCAUCCUUGAACCAGAAUCAGUAAAAAGGAAGUUAUCAGUAAUGGAAUUUGGUGACUUCCUUGGGAAAUCUGGGAAGAAGGUUGAGGAAGCGGAUUCGAUUUGCCCUGUAUGCUUGGACUGUUUGAAGACAACUGACGAGAUUAGAGAGCUGUCUAGUUGCUCUCAUGUGUUUCACAAAGGGUGUUUGGAUAUGUGGAUUGAUAAGCAACGAUUCUCAUGCCCAUAUUGUAGAGCAGAUCUCUGAAGUGUUCACUUCCAAUGAGACGCAUGAAAAUAUGGUUUAUGAAUUGGGAACUUUGUGAAUUGUAUAAGAACUUGAAUUUGUAAGAAUACAUAAUAUUGAAGCUGGUUAGCGUUGUGUAUGAUGCGGUGUCUAGAAUUGGGAGUCAAGUUAGCAUAUAGGACGGUAUUGAUUAUCCACUUCAAGCAGUACUGUAGGAAUUCAUAGAUUGUAAUUUUAUUUCCUUCCUACAGAAUGUCAGCAACUAAUUACACC